AUGAAGUUCUUAACGACAAUACUUGCGCUAUUAUCAAUAGCCAUCACCGGAACAAGCGCGUGGAAAGAAUUCGAAGCGAUCGAGUUCACAACGACGGACUGUACCGGGUGGAUCAAGCACGCAGCUAUCGGCAUGAAGCCGGAAUACUGGCAGAUCAAAACGAACAACGAAUCCAACAGCGUCUACGCAUCAACCGUCAACGACGGCAUCUACCGGUGGUACGCGUUCUCCGAGACAUCCGAGACAGGGUGUGCCGGGGACGUACUAGGACGCGUGUGGACGGGUCUUUUGGCGCAUGAUGAUUACGGGUGUGCGGCGAUUGGUCAAGGGGAAUAG